GACUAACUAGCUGACGGGUUUUCUGAGAAAGAAAAGAAACCGUUUGGUUCACACCGGAAGCUGCUGCUCUGAGCAGUUUAUUUGUAGCACAGUUUUGAAGAAAGCAAAAAACUUGGGAAUUUACCAGUCUGGGUCACUGUGUGGGAUGAGUCCUGCUCUUGGAUCACUCGCAAGAUAACAGGCUUGUAACUGGCUAGGCAAGAAGAAGAGAAAUGGAUUCACGAAACACUCCCUAUCGCUCAGAAGUGGCCCGCUGGUCCCCAGAUGAGUUAGCAAACUACUUCAAGAGGUUAAACUUCAAGGACUGUGAGAAAGUUGCAAGGAAAUACAACAUAACUGGACAAAGAUUUCUGAAUAUGUCUGAAAAUGAUAUUCAGAAGUUUCCAAAGCUAAGAAUGCCAAUUCUAAGCAAGUUAAGUCAGGAAAUAAACCGACAUGAAGAAAGAAAAAGUUUUUUCCCAAAAAGGUCACAAACACAGAAGGUACCUGAAAAUCUAGAAUAUAGACAAGAUGAAGGUGAUGGUUGGUCUUCCUUUGAUGAAAGUGAUGAUGAUUAUGAAAGCCCAGAUGACCAGGAGCAUGAAGAUGGUGUGGACUAUGAAACACCCAAUGAUCAAGAUGGUGCUGAAGAUGAAGCCGAUUAUGAACCUCCUCCAUCAAAUGAUGAUGACACACACCGAAACACCUUGUUUCCUCCCACUUUAAUACCAGCUACCUCAGAAUACAUAGAUCGACAUCCGGCAGAAAGAUCUAAAAUAUCUACUCAGCCUCCCAUUCCACCAAAAAGGCCUGAAUCUUCCCCUGUACCACCAAGUGGAGGCAGAAGCCCUGGGCAGCCACAUUUCCUUUCUCCUUCAAGCAAUAAUGAGAGUAUCAGAGAAAAAAGCAUCAAACCCUUUACACCUCCUUCUAUAGAUCGAAGCAAAAAGCCCCCACUGGAAAAAUCUGGGCCUCCAUUUGACAGAGACAUCCUACGAUCAGGUAGGCAAUGGUUUAUAGCCAUAAACUGCCUGACAUUGUACAAAGCACUAAACAUAGCUGCCAAGUUAUCACAACAUUUAAAAGCUGGCAAAAUGCCUUUGACCCCUCAGCUGAGAAAAGAGUUAGAAAAGAUACAAAAGCCUCCAGUACCAUCAGCUGAUAGCUAUGACAGAAACAGUGCUGCCUCUAGAAGGAUGCCACCACCUAUAAAAAACAAUCAGAUAGCUGAAAGGAAGACAGAAAUGGAAGAUGGCAGUUUUUGCUUUUGGUGUGUGUGUUUUGCAGAUAUUCACCACAGGUCAGUUCCCCAGCCAUUUUUGCAAUGUAACACAUUUCCAAUCAGAUCUCCUAAGCCACAUUCUAAACAGAGCCUUUUACCAUCCAAGACGAUACCUGGUGCAGAAAGCACUCUUUCAUCAAGUGGAUCACUACCACCACAUUUUCAGCCAAGUAAUAUUGGCAGAACUGCUUCAAAAGGCCCUGCUGAUGGCAGACCACCAUUACCAAUUCCUAACAGACCAUUCACACAUUCUCUCAGUGCUGAAAAUGAAGUGAUGGAUCAGUACCACAAGUUUAACCAGCUCCCACUAAAUCAGGAAUGGUAUGCUGCUGAUAUAACCCGGACAGAUGCAGAAGCUGCUCUUAGGACCACAAACCAGGAUGGCACUUUCUUAGUAAGAGACAGCUCAACAAAGGCUGCUGAUCAACCCUUUGUCUUGAUGGUGCUUUACAGUGCUAAAGUAUAUAAUAUUCCAAUACGUUUCCGACAGGAAGAUAAAGUGUAUUUCUUAGGAACUAGCUCAAAAGGCAAUGAGGAUUUUGCUUCGGUGGUUGAUAUAAUUGAUUACUUCAGAAGAAUGCCUCUUCGACUGAUAGACGGAAAGGAUCGGUGUUCAAGAAAGCAGUGCUUGCUGACAUACACGGCUGGAUCUCUUUAAAAGAUAACAGAAAAUUUCCUGAAGGACCACCUAUUUAUCUUUGAAAGAGAAAGCCAGAAGAGUAACUGAUUUAUAUUUGGUGAACGUCUCUUGUUUUCAUGUUAAAAUGCAAGGUCAUUUCUUGCCUUAAGUUCUCAAACUGAAAACAUCAGUGUAUUACUUCUCACUAAGCAUAUGCUUCAUGAAACAGUUUCAUGUGUGUGAUAUCCACUGUCUGAAAUGCAACAUUACACAAACUGAAAAUAACUGUGUGGUCUUACAAUUUGUGAAGAUAUUUCUUUACAUGCAAAUGCUUUAUGUGGAGUAGUGUUGUAUAAAAUACAAUAGAGACAUUCGCCUGAGAAUAACUUGGUGUAUUCAAGUUGUUUGAUGCUCUCAAACACAGUGUCCAUGCUAAUGUAUAAUGUAUAAUGUUUGUGGGAACUAUAUUUGUGUACUAUAUUUCACAUAUGAUAACACCAAUUAGUUUAAGAUGCUGCAUUUUCAGAUGCAGCUAUAAUCAAUAAAAUAUCUAUCUGUUUUUAUAUUCCUUUUUCCACUGCAAACAUUUAUUACUACCCAUUUCUCUCACACAAAUAAACUUCCAUUCUCUGUGUGUAUCUUUCAAGUUAGCCACUGUACAUGAUGGACUCCCAUAAUACAAAUGACAACCCUUUAAGUAUUGCUUUACCGAUAGUCCUCAUAUAAUUACUAGGAGCUGCUGCCCCCGUUCUUUCCGCUCACCAACUCCACCUACACGCCAGCCUCUUUGCCAACCAUCCAGCGGCACCUGGCCAACCCCUCCUCCCUUUUUACUUCACCUUGCCUAUCACCACAGCUCACCCCAAGCCCCACCACUUUUUAAAGGAAGAGAAGGUGCUUCAAAGAGUGACUUCUGAAGUGCCUCCCCCUCUGUAAAUCUCGUUGCAGCCACAUUUAAUGGAGGGGGCAGGCAUUGCACACAGUGGUUUGCAGUACCUGCUUGCUCAUCUGGAACUGGCAUGGCCACCUGUUGGCAGCUAUGUAAACUGCAGCAUGACAGCUGUACAUUUUUAUGUACUAUAUAUUCCUGCAUAUAAGACUACUUUUUAACCCAGGAAAAUCUUCUCAAAAGUUGGGGGUCGUCUUAUACACCGAGCCGUAUUUCUUAUACGUCGAGUAUAUCCCAAACUCUAUUUUAACUGGAAAAGUUGGGGGUCGUCUUAUACGCCCAGUCAUCUUAUACGCCGGAAUAUACAUAAAGUCAUACCUCGUUUUAAGUACACCUCGGUUUGAGUAUUUUCAGUUUAAGUACUCCACGGACCUGUCUGGAACAGAUUAAUCCACUUUCCAUUAAAUUGAGGAUUUGGGUGAUAUAUUUUUGUAUCCAUUUAUUCGUUAGCUUGCAUUACACGCCUACUAUGUGCAGUAAAUAAAAGAAUAGCACCAGCUAACUUAACAUACCAACACCAACUACACAAAAACAGUAAUGUAAUUAGUAAUCAAAUAUAGCGUGCAAUUCAAAAACUCAAUACUUGACAUACUUUGUAAAGUGUCUCAAAGGAACAAUAUGCUCCAGGGGCAUAAAAAGUUAGGAAAGAUAAAAUUUCUUUUAUCUUUCAACUUGCCCUUUUAAAUGUAGCUACAUGCCAACUACUGACAAAGUGUUAAUGAAGAGGGACAAUAAAUGGAACUCACAGAGUUGUGGACUCCUCAGGUUUCUUUUCAUCAGCUUCUGUUGAAACAUCUGUUAGAGCUGGAUGGCUGAAGUUCAGAAUAAGAUCACAAAGCAGCAGUUGGGUUUUUACUGUAGAACAACAAUAUUUCUGUGUUUAUUCAUUUAGUCUGUUUGUUAAAUUUAUAACAAUGUGAAAGGGAGCCUGUCAUUUCAACACACACACACCUUUCACUAUUGGUAAAUCUACUUCAUUCCUCCA